AUGCUGAUUGAUAUCACUUGCACUCCUCCACAGAAAGAUGUGGUGGUGUCAGAAUUUCAACCUAAUACUCUCCUCAACGUGAUCGCUGGCCCAGGAUCUGGCAAGACUAGGACGCUUUGCUCGCGAAUAGCAUGGCUAAUGAGUGAACAAGGUGGAUCACUGCGGGAGAACGAGAUUCUUGUUCUCAGUCUCACAAACCGAGCAGUUGAUGACUUCAAGCAUAAACUGCAGAAUCUGAUGGGGCAGGAAAUGGCGGAGAGGGCACAUGUCAUGACAUUCCACUCAUUUGCUGCCUCAGUAAUUAAGGAGCGAUACGCAGAUUGGCAACUUCUUGAAGAUGAAGAUCUUAAAAGAUUGUGUGAGCUAGUUCCAAACACUGCCAGUAAGGGUCAUUCAACUAAUAUGUCUACUAUGAAGGAGGUUAUAAGGAAGGCAAGAUACAUUACUGAGGAUCAACUAGAACAGUAUGAGACAAGCGAAAUCAAAUCUAAGUAUGGAUUCGAUAAAGAGACGUUUCUAAAGAUCCGCAGUCUUGUUGGCUCUCAUAAUAUGUUUACUUAUGAGGAUAUGCUCUUUGAAUGUAAUGAUAUUUUGAAAUCUGGGCCGGUUCCAGAGUUUGUCAAUGCUUAUAAGGUGGUCAUUGUGGACGAAUUCCAGGAUGUUUAUCCUCUUUUGGCAGAUAUAAUUUUGGAACUAAGUAGAAACAAGCAUCUCACAAUCUCUGGCGAUCCAAAUCAAUCAAUUUACGGAUUUAUGGGUGCUACGCCCGAAAAGAACUGGAAAAGAGUGGCUGCAAAUUACAAUAAAGAGUCCAAGAAGCUUAUAACAUUGAGUCAGGCAUUUAGAUCCACUCCGGAAUUACUGCAAUUAUUCAGUAAGAUUUUAGGUCAACGUCAAAUGAAUUUGGAUGAAUGCGUUAAGAACUCUGCCAAUUUCCCUCCGGUCAGAAUGUCGUUUGACUCUAUGGAUGACGAGCUGAAGUUCAUUUUCAAUGAAAUUCAAAGACUUAUUAAGUGUUCUGGAGGUAAGAUCAAAUACUCUGACAUCGCUGUGUUAUCUUACACCAAUCAAGAAGUUGAUACUGCCUAUCGGUAUUUCAAUGAGAGGAAGAAAAACUCAAAUGAAGCCGAUUUGGGUAUAAAUCGACUCAACAGUACUCCAAGGUGGCUCAGAACGCAGCUUUCGAUCUUAAUUCAGUACAUGAAAAUCCUUAUUGAUCCAAGGCAGAAUUUCUCUUUACUAUCAUCUCUGAACUUACUUGAACGAGUUGGUUUGGCCACUGUAAACACAAUCUACAUCAAUGCAUUGUCGAAUAAGAUGUAUGUCUGGGACUACCUAAAUGACGAGAAGCUGAUGCAGGACGCGAAGUUACCUAAAUCCAUCUCGACGUUUGUCAAUUUCCUCGAUCAUGUUCGCUCUACCUUGGAUCCUAAUAACGCGAAUGCUAUUAUGCAGACGCUUCUCAUAAUGGGAGAGAAGUUUGGUUUGAAACAAAAACUUAUAACUUCAAAGCUUACUGAGCAGCAACUGGAAGAGUAUGAGAGUUGUCUUCGUUCAAUACACAAAUCAUUAAGGCAGAAUGCCUCUUUAAGGCCCGCAGAUGAAUCUCUUCUUCAGUUCUACCUCAGCAACUACAAUAGUCAUGUUCUUCUCGACCCGAAAUCUAACUUUGCCAAGUUAUACAACGAGAAUGAGGUGAAUUUCUCCACCAUACACACUGCUAAGGGUCUAGAGUUCCCGAUAGUGUUCAUUUUAUCUCCAAACAAUUUCAAUCUCUCUGAUUAUAGACGCAGGAGAGUGGUCUACGUUGGAUUGACCAGAGCCAGUGCUCUACUCUAUUUCAAUAGGUUGCGUAAUCAGUACGUCUACAGUAUUGACGGUGCUCCUGAAACAACUUCAAAGCUAAACGAGAAGGCAAGUUCUAACCCCGAUGCUGUUCAUCGUAUGAAAAUGCUCGAGAAAACUGCACAGGCUUAUGUCUCUGAAUAUAAUCAGACGCCAAAGAUCGCUGUGUGUGGAAACUCACCACCAAACUUAUCCACAAAUAAGGACCUGUCCAGGCUUCUCAGUGUUAUGGGUAGAAGCUAUAAACGUACCAUGGAUCUGAAUCUAGGUGCAGAUGCUCUCAAAUUCGUUCCAAUGGUGGUUCGAAAGCUCAGUCAUCGCUAG